CUGAUCGUGAUUUGUCAAAAUCCUCCUUGCCUUCUUUCUUCCAACAAUCAUGGUUAAUGUUACAGGGGAGAUCGAAAUCCUCAAAGAGGCCAUAAAGGAGCAUGGCACUCUCAAUACCAAUGGAAAGAGCAGUGUCUCCUACGGCGUACUCUUCGAUAAGACCGCCAACACUCUGGAAGCAUUGAACGGAACGUUGCGCGCGGCAAAGCGCCAGAAGAAGAUUGCCUUCGACGGCGAGUUGCUGAUGAUGCCUAGAGAUAAAGAUGUACAAGUUGUUCUGCUGGAGGCGUAGUCGAUAGUUUCUUGUUCACUUACAAUUCCAGGAAGCAGGAUCUUAUAUAGCGUGUUUUGUAGUAAGACUCGACAGCGCCGGAGAAUAAGCGAAGACACAGCAAUUUACUGUACUCGCAACAACGGAGCCUGUAGCAA